UGGGAGGGAAAAAAGUUUUCAGUAGUGUGUUUGUGAGGAAGAGCAAAGAGGAGGGGGUCUAGUGGGUGGCUAAAGAGUGUAAAAGUGACAGAUGGAGUGGAGACUAAAACAAGCCGGCUCCUAUUUGGUGAUUUGAUUUUUUUUUUUAGGAUACAUUUGUUGGACAGUAUUUGGGAUUAUUCUGCAGGAUCACAGCAGCAGCAGCAGUAGCAGUCAUGCAGCGCGAGGAGGUGUCAGCGAGGGAGGAGUUCACCUACAGCCACGUGUCCUCACUUGAAAGAGGUGGCGGCUCACUUGGAAGGAGAGGCAGCAGGGGAUUGGACAGAAGAAUGGACAGGGGGGAGCAAGAAGGCUCAGAACGGGACAGUUACACUGUAGACGUGAGGGCCAGUGACCUGCAGCUGGCCCAGCCGGAGCCUCUAAAGCACCCCUGCUUCAGCUACAGGGCCUGGCUCUACAGCGUCCUCAUAGGGGGCAGUCUUCUCAUCACUUCUGGAUUCUCUCUGUACCUGGGAAAUCUCUUUCCUGUUGCCAUGGACUACCUGCGUUGUGCUGCAGGAUCUGGCAUACCGGCCGCCAUAGCUAGCUUUGCCAUUGCCAAGAACAGACGUGUGGCAGUGUCAGAUUUCCAAGUGAUCUAUGUGUCAGCCUUUGCAGUGACAACCACCUGCCUGGUUUGGUUUGGAUGUAAACUGGUCCUCAACCCGUCUGCUGUUAAUAUCAACUUUAACCUCAUCUUGAUGAUUUUGCUGGAGGUUCUCAUGGCUACUACUGUCAUCCUGUCAGCUCGCUCCGCAGAGGACUGCUGCCGCCACAGGAAGUCAGAGACAAACGAUCAACCUUUGGUCACCACCCCGGCGGUCUUCCCCACUCGUCUCCUCAAAGCGUACUCUGUGAUCGAAGUCAUCGUGGGAAUCUCUGCUGUGUUUGGAGGUAUUAUCGCACUCAACAUGGACGCUCUGCUUCCCGGACCCUACUUGUCUGUCACUUUUUUCUGGAUCCUCGUGGCUUGUUUUCCAAGUGCUAUUGCCAGUCACGUUGUAUCAGAAUACCCCAACAAAUGUCUGGUGGAGGUGCUGAUCGCCAUCAGCAGCGUGACGUCUCCUCUGCUCUUUUCAGCCUCCGGCUUCCUCUCUUGCAGUGUGAUCAGCUUUAUUGACAUUUUCCUGCACGAUGUUCCUACAGCCAAGCAAUCUUACGACAUCUUGCUGCUGAUCCUGCUGGUUUUACUGCUGGUGCAGGCGGUUCUGAACUCAGCCACCGUGGUGCACUGUGCCUCCUACAAGAGCCAGCUCCGCACGAGGGCAACGCAACCCUCUGAAAACAGACUGGGAACCUCCAGCCAGUACCAUGAGCAGCCAUCCAAUGGAGUGCUUCAGAAUUUCAGCAAAGACAGAGCGAGGAAGGCCGUAAUGGUGCAAAUGACUCAUUGAACCCUUUUGCUCUUCUAAAAAAACAACUUUGGGGGUAUAAACACUGGAAAUAGAUUUUAAAAAUGUUCCUUUCUUUUAAGCUAUCUGCACUAUUGGAAGUAGAUAACUAGCUUUAUUAAUUGGAUUAGCUUUAUCUCUGUUUUAAGUCAAUGUUGGAUUUGCCCCUAUGUUCUACACCAGGGGUGUCCAAACUUUUUCCGCAGAGGGCCGCACACUGUAAAAAUCUAAGAAUGAGGGGGCCGCCUUUAUGUUUUUUUUUUCAAACAACCCAUGUUGUUUUUUUUUUUAUAUUUAAAGAAGAAUUCUCAGCUUUUGUGAUCCGUGACAAAGCGUAUAACUUUGUAUGAAAUUUUUUCCUUACAUUACACUUUUUUUGCUAUUUAUUUUUUAUUUUUACAAAUAUUUUAACUUUCUUAUUCUACAUUUUUUUCACAUAAUAUUAUGACUUUUUCCCAUAAUAUUUUUUAUUGUAUUAUCGUAAUAUUAUAGCCUUUUCCCAAACUAAUUUUCUAAUAAUUCUUUGAUGUUUGUUUCUCAUAUUAUGACUAUUUUUUUUAACAAAUUACAUAUUUUAGUCAAUUUUUAAUUUUAAUAUUAUCACUUUAUUCUCCUCAUAGUUUGACUUAAUUCUUGUAAACUUAACUGCCCAUUUGCAAUUUUUGCUGUUUUUGUGUUUUGGUGAUUAGUUGUGUUCUUUGACUGUGCCAAGGGCCAAUAACAAAACAGUCCCGGGCCACAGUUUGCACACCCCUCUUUUUAUUUAAUUUAUUUUUAGGUACAAACCAAUUGUCUUUACUCAUAAUCAUCUGCACCAAUUUUAGUUGUUGUUUGCCUGUCAGUGUGUUCAACCUGCAGCUUGAUGCAUUUCUCCUGUUUGAACAGCAGGGUUGUGUAAAAUAAAGACUGUUUGCACUUUUUGGAAGAAGAAAAGCA